CAUGGCUCAUGGUGGAUUAGCGAAUCUCUCGAGUGUCUGGAAGAGUCACGUCGAUUCUGUGAAUAGUAUUGGGGUAAGCAGUUGCGGAGUAGUAGCUUCAUGUGGGGAUGACGGUGUUUUUGUGUGGAGCGAUUGUGGAAUUCAUCAGCAAACAUUCAGACAUCAACCCGAGCCGUACACGGCCGUCUGCUUUUCUCAAAGCGAUCCCAACCUUUUGUUAAAGUGGAGUGAGAAUGAAGAUGAAAUCAAUGAUGUUGCAGUGUCGCCUUCUGGACAACAUGUAGCGUCAUGUGACGACUCUGGAGAGAUAAAGAUCUAUGAUAUACGACAAAAACGUCUCUACAGGACGUUGCAUCGCUGUCAUACAAACAUUUGUUCAUCUGCUUCUUUUCAUCCUCAAAGAGAUCACCAUGUGGUAUCUGGUGGUCUCGAUUCUUGCCUUGUUGUAUGGGACGUUCCCAGAGCAAAGGCUUUAGAUCGCUUAACUCUUAUGAAUUCAUCCAAUAAAGGGCAAUUUGUGAAUCCACCUCUGGUUCACUCGGUUGCUUUCAAUCAGUCGGGAGAUACUAUUGCUUCAGCAUUAGGAAAUGGCGUAGUCACUUUGCAUUAUUGGCAGGGAAAACAAGGAUUGAGUCAUCUGUAUGAUUUAGCAGCUCAUACGCAUUCUGUAAGUCAAGUUGUUUCGCUCCCUUUUACAGAGAGAGGACAUCUGUAUGUGUCUGGUGGCAAUGAUGGUAAGAUAUGUAUUUGGGAUGUAACCGGCAUUAUUUUAUUGGCGCGGCAAAGCACCAGGAAUUACUUGACUUUAAGGACAUCGCCUGCUAAACAAGCAGGAAAAAAGAAGAAGAAGAAGAAAGUGAAGGAACAAGAUCAACCAAAAACUAAUGGGAAAGGCAUUGCAGUGGCAGAUGGAUCUGAUUGUGAAGGAACAGCCGACUAUCUAGUGCAGACAAUCGAUCACGGAUCAAAAAUUAAUUGGUUGGCAUCAGGGACUGUUGCUGGCGCAAACGUUUUACUAGUCGCUGACCAGACUGCAGAUAUUUCUGUAUAUCAGUUUGCUUAGGGAGCCUCUGUGUAUAGUCCUGUAGGUACAAGACUUAAUAUUUUUCAAUCACAUGGUAUACGUGCCACACAUGAUAAAGUUGCAUGCAAGUGCACAUGACCCGUGAACAUAAAUUUGGUUAUGCAUGUGUCACACACAAAAUAUCCCAGGGUUACUACACUAACAGAUAAAUUCAUACGGUAAGCCUAUGAAUUUUUUGACAUGGGGCCUAAAAUGACAAGCAGUCAGGUCACUGUUGUGACACUGAAUGAUUGACGUUUCCUAAAAUUACCUAAUAACAUGUGUUUGAAUAUCCCGUAUGUACACAGU